AAGUUAUAAUUUCUAUGGUCAAAACCCUAAAAAAUUAAAAACGAACGAAAUAGGAUAAUCUCAAUCUUGUUUUUUGAGUUUAAUCAAAAAUCUUUGCGUUGUUCAUCACUUUUACAUAUAAGUUUUAUUAUGAAGCGAAGCCUAACGUUUGUCACAGGAAAUGCUAAGAAAUUAGAAGAAUUGAAACAAAUACUUGGACCUACUUUUCCGAGAGAAAUCAUAAGUGCUAAAAUAGAUUUACCGGAAUUACAAGGGGAGAUAGAUGAAAUUUGUAUAAAAAAAUGUUUAGAAGCCAGUUCAUUAGUUAAAGCUCCAGUUAUUGUGGAAGAUACAUGUCUUUGUUUCAAUGCCCUCAAAGGUUUGCCAGGUCCAUAUAUAAAAUGGUUUUUGGGUAACCUUGGUCCUGAAGGGCUGUAUAAACUUCUUGCUGGGUUUGAAGAUAAAACUGCACAAGCUGUAUGUACUUUCGCAUAUCAUUCAGGUGUGGAAAGUGAAGAAGUUUUAUUAUUCAAAGGAAUCACAAAUGGAGAGAUAGUAGAACCUAGAGGUCCAAGGGACUUCGGAUGGGAUCCAUGUUUUCAACCUAAUGGUUUCAGUCAAACUUAUGCUGAAAUGCCAAAAGAGGAAAAGAAUAAAAUAUCACAUAGAUUCAAGGCUUUAGAUUUACUGAGGAGCCAUUUUAGCAUAGAAAGUAAUGAAACUGAAAUUGAAACAUAAGUAAAAGUUUCAUUAAAACAACAUGGAAAUAGUA